AUGACUACACGUUGGGUUGUGGUCGAUGACACAGCUAGCGGCUUCUCGUAUUCCUCUGGCUGGAGCCUCGUGAGCGGGGCCGAUUGGGACAAGCAAGGAAAUUUUGGGCCGACGUACCUCAAUAGCUUGCAUUCGACGACGGCCAGCGAGGCGAGCUUCACUUAUACUUAUACUGGAUCUCGUGGAAGGGUGUAUGGGACGACGAACAUCAGGAACAAGGAGGACCCAACAUGGGAGUGCUUUGUGGAUGGUACCAAGAUUCCGACGGGCGACCCCUUCCAGUAUACCGAGAACAACUGGGUCCUGUGUUCAUGGAAUAACGUAGCUGAUGGACGACAUACAGUGAGGGUAGUUGCAAGGAGUCAAGGACGCAACUUCCUGUUCGACCGUUUCGAAUACGUCCCUUCGUCAUCCACGAACAUUCAAAACGCCGUAAUCUCAGCGAGCUUUUCCGAUUCUGCUCUUCAGUAUAGCUCUGGUUGGGGGACAUUAGGGAACAUUGCACGCCAUGCGCCUGCAGCUGGAGCGACUCUUACAAUUCCAUUCUAUGGAACUGGGGUAAAAUGGGUCGGCUAUAUCCCUAUUGAACUGCCGAAAGGACCUUCGACAGCAGAAUACUCCCUCGACGGCGGCCCAGUGACCACUUUUACGGUCCCAGGAUCCUACGGUGGUGUCUCACAGUACAACCAAUACGUGCUGCAAGUAAACGGGCUCAGUCGCGGCCAGCACACGCUGAGGGUGACGAGUCGAGGCACAACUUCCCAAACACCUCUUGUUUUAUGCAAUCUCUUCUUUGAAGGAUCGGCCUCCCAGCCACCGUCUGCCGCUCCUCCUACAUCACCGCCCACCAACAACCCCACUACAUCCGUCACUAACGGCCGCGACACAGGUGUUGGAAGUGCGACUACUCCUGGCCUGUCGCAACAGACAAUCACGACUGUCGUCGACGGGGCUGUAACAAUAACACAGGUCGACGCUGCUCCGAGCACGAGUACCACGAGUACAAGUGAUGCGGGCGCCACCAGCAUCGGCACCAGCGGAGACUCCAGCACUGGUAACGGCAAUGCUGCGAAUGGCUCAUCAGGAUCAGCAACGUCCGGCGACGGCACCUCCGGACAGACGAUAUCAAGCAGCAGUAGCAGCGAGGUGCCCAUCGGCCCCAUUGUGGGCGGUGUGGUAGGUGCGCUCGUCCUCAUUGCACUCGUCAUCUUCGCCAUCCUCUUCUGCCGCCGUAGGGCGAAGAAGAGGCGCCACGUGAGCCUGAUCGAGCAGGUGCAGCAGCCGUUCUACCGCGACGCGCCGUUCCCGAGGGGCACACCGCUCACUUCAGUAGACUACCAGUCCCAAUCAGAGUCAUCUGGGGGAUACGACGCCCAACAGAUAUCGCAUACUGGAAACAACUACGCCACCUACACCAAGGGCGGCGUCGGAACGUCCUCGCCGAUGCAGGACAACGCAUACCAUCACCACCACCACCACACCAACGCUGUGCCCGCCUUCCGCCCGAACCGGCGGAGCACCGUAGCCUCCGAGUCAGGCGAGGGGUACACAACAACAAGUGGACCAGGCUCAGAAGCGAGCAUGCCCAGCUCGAACAUGUCGCUGUCGUCGACGGGGUCGGCGGCCCCGCUCCGCCCGAACCGCGGGUACUCGAAACACCAAGAGGCGCGCAUGGAGUCACCCCAGUCGAGCGGAUCUAAUGUGCGGAUCAUCAACCAUGAAGACAGCGGGAUGAGACUGCCCAGAGCAUCCGCUGUCCCGACGGAGGUAAUUGAGUUCCCGCCGUCGUAUUCCGCUUCAUGA